UUCAUUUAGAGACUAUGUUUCAGUAUAGUAUGAUAACAAAGUCGUUAAAAUGCUACGGCAAAUAGUAAAGAUAGUAAAUUUCUAUUGUUUCAUAGUGUUUAUAAGUUGUUUGGUGGAAUGUCGAAGGGUGAAAAGGGUUGUGGGAGGUUCGGAGGUCAAGUGCGGUGAUCAACUACGUGUCGCAUCUCUCCGUAAUGCAACCAACGGGCAGCAUCUAUGUGGAGCAACGCUGCUCACUCAGGAGAUAGCCAGCACUGCCGCGCACUGCGUCCAUGGCACGCGCUACAUGCUUCAGCUAAACAAUUUCUGCGGUGACCCGCCGCGAGUAACAGUCUUGGAAAUAUUUACGCACGAGCUUUAUGAUAAGUAUUCACGUGCUCACGAUAUUGCUUUGCUUCGAGUGGAACGACUAGAUUUUCUAGGACUUGAUGAAAGCGUGCUACCUGAACAUUCGUUUGGCGCAGGAGGCGAAUGUACUGUAUACGGCUACGGCGUUAAAGACGUGUCCACGUACGAACUGUCCGAGGCUCUAUUGGCAGCCAACGUGAGGAUAGUCCCCCUGGACGAAUGCACACAAUCUAUGGGGUCCUACAUGGCGCCCGAUGUCGACAGCGGAAUGGUAUGCGCUGUCGGGAAUGGCGUCGAUACUUGUGAUGGUGACUCAGGCGGUCCCCUGAUGUGCCACGGUCUAGCGGAGGGCGUCAGCAGCCACGGGCAGGGCUGUGCCGCCCCGGGCGUACCCGCGGUCUACACCAGUACUAGGGCACACUUGGCUUGGAUACAGCGUGUCAUGCACAACUGGGACACACGUACAGAGGAAGAGGACACAUUUAAAACUGGAGCCUAGGAUAAGAUACA